CCCACCAUCAACAGGACGCCCCUGCCUCCUGCCUCCUGCUUCCGCUCGUACUGUGGGGUGGUCAAGAGGAAGGAUACCCGAAGAGCCAAGAUGGGAGUAGAGAUUGAGACCAUAACUCCGGGCGAUGGACAGACGUUCCCGAAGAAGGGGCAGCGCGUCGUGGUGCACUACGUCGGCACACUGGCAGACGGGAAGGUGUUUGAUUCCUCGAGGUCCCGGGGGAAGCCCUUCAAAUUCAAGAUUGGACACCAGGAGGUGAUUCGUGGUUGGGAGGAAGGAGUAGCGCAGAUGAGUGUAGGUCAGCGUGCAAAGCUGAUUUGCUCACCAGACUUUGCCUAUGGCAGCAAAGGGCACCCAGGGAUCAUCCCACCAAACGCCACUCUCGUCUUCGAUGUGGAGUUGAUCAGCCUGGAAGCCUGAAACUCGUGCACUCACUUUGUUAAAUUCCACUCAAAAUUUCAGGGUCAACUCCUAUCUUGGGAACAUGGAGGAAAAAUGAUACCAGGUGAUUCCUGCUCUUGAUCCCUGCAUAGGACCUAUGUCUAUAUCUUCACUAGUUCACUCUCCUUUGCAUUUAGAUACAAAUCGUGUUUCGUCACUUGCUUUAAAACGUUAUCCUCCAUGCUAUUCUUUAGAUUCCAUACUGUAAUAAUCCAUAGGCCAUCCCAUCCCAUGUUUUUUGUCAUAUUCUGCUAUGUAUUUUUAUGGUGAUGUUUUGUUUUUUAUUUGACUUAAAAAUUUACAAAUUGUGUCAGCCAUCAGGACCAGGUUUUAGAUAAGUGUCAUAAGUAUUGAAUCAAUCUCAUUCCUGUGGCUCUGUGGCCUUUACACUAAAAUUGUAUUGAUUGCGGGUAAUGAAUUGUCUUGGAUAUAAGAAAAAUAAGAAUAAAUUGUUUGACACAAUGA